GUCGAAAUCUUAUAGUCGCAAAACACAACGGUAGCUCGGGUAUAUAACGGCGGACUUGCGAGCCAUUCUAUCAUUGAAUCGUACGACCAACAUUCAAGAACAUGGCAUUCAAGUUAGUCGCGGUCCUCGUGGUGGUGGCGGUGGCGCAAGUCCGUGUCAAUUUGGCGGGGCAUGCCCACAGUUUUGCCAACUAUCACGGACCCGUCGAAGGUCCGGCCCAAGAAGUGACCGUACACGACAAACACGGACAUCACCACGUCGACUACGUCGCCCACCCGAAAUACGAGUUCGCUUACGGAGUCGAGGAUCAUCACACCGGGGAUUACCACGGCCAGAAAGAGCACAGGGACGGUAAAAACGUCGCCGGUGAAUACACUCUCCACGAACCCGGCGGCAACGUGAGAACCGUAAAGUAUCACGCCGAUCAUCACGGAGGGUUCCAUGCCGUCGUGCACAAUAGCGGUGGCAACGAUCACUCGGGAGGAACUUACGGUGGCCACGGACACGGUCAUCACUAAAAUUCACCGAGCCAACUUGCGCGAAAUAACCUUAACAGAGCUUUCGACAAAAAGCUGGCCCAACUCGUCUCAUGAUCUUAUUGUUAAGUUUGAAAGCUGCUUUGUAUCGUGUACACCCGCGCUUCUCUUAUUGUUUGUUGAAUAAUUAAUAUAAACCAAGUUAUAUAACA